UUUCGCACUUUACAGAAUCCGGCAUGAAUCCACUAGAGGGCGCUAAAAAGGCGGGCAGCUUAAAAUUGAAAACAACAGUAAUAAAUGAUGGAAGAAGAUACAGAACGACUUACUUUAAACUUGAAUUCCAAGAGGAGGUCUAAAAGGAGAACUUCAUCUAUUUUGAAGACUACUAUUGGACCAUUGCUGGACAUUGACCCAAAUAAACAGGAUGGAUGCACAGUUCCACUCAAAAAAUCUAGACAGUCAUUGUCAAAAAGAGUCAGCUUUGCUAAACGCCAUGAAAUCAAAGAAUUUCCUCGAGAGUCGCCUCGCAGGUGGGGGGAGGAUUCUCCAGCCCAGGAACCAGCAGCAGACACAGAAAAUGACACUAUACCUGUGACAGCUACGGUUUCUGAUCAGCAAGGGGUGGCAAACAUUUCGGAGGGCCAGCAUGGAGGUUCCAAUGUGCCUCUGCUGCCAAGUACAUCUGCUCCUCUCGAGGAGAACAACUUCAGUGUAUACUCGCAAUACGUAGGUGGUCAUUCGGCUCCAGCUGAGACUUGUAUGACGACCACCGACACUGCUGUCAGCUCUGAACAACCCAAGCAAUGGGGAGCGGAAUCUAAAAUUGAUGGCAGUUCAUUACUGAAAAGUCUUGCUGGAGCAAAUACACUGCCCAGGGAGGGACUGGAGUUGGGGUACCACACACAAACCAGGGAGGAGUCUGGCCUUGGCUCUAUAGCUGGUGGCAGGGAUAUAAAAGUUGAUGGCAUGGCCCUGUUACAAGCUCUUGGUGGUGGUGGUUCCGAUACUCCAGCUGAGCCGGAACUACUGUCAUCUUAUAAGGUCAGGGAGAGUACCACAGAACAGUCAGCUCCAAACAACAGGACCAUGGUGUUUCCAGAAAAUGAGUACAUGGACCAGACCGAAGCACUUACAUGCCACAUUCAGCUGCGAGAGGCAGAGGCUUGUCUCAAAGGUUUAAAAGAGCGCACCCCACUGAUGGCAUUGAAGGAACAGGCCCCCUGUGAUGUUAGAUACGGAGCACUGCAUGAUGAGCCAGAUGACAAGACAAUUGUGUUUUCCCAUGGCGAUGACGACAUGCAGCAGACAGAAGUGUUACCUGUGGGGUUACACUUGAACCCACUACAGUCUGAUGGGGACUUUUCUUGUCUCUCUGGGUCUGUGAACAGACAGAGCCUUUUACAGUCCUUAGGGGGAUCUGAUGAGACCGACAGCCCUGACGUAUUAUUCGGAAAGAAGUUUGAAACAUUAAGUGCAACCGCGAAGAAACAUCCAUUUACACAGGACAUCACAAAUAAUGUACUUCAGCACAACUUGGAAGAGAGUCGGUUAAAGGGAUAUGAUAUAGCUCAUCAGAGAGAACCAACUAUUGUGUUUCAACAUGGAUUAGAAAUGGAGGAAACCGGGGUGAUACACGUUCCAAUCGAUACACAAGGCGGUUUGUCAAGUGCUGAAAUAACUGAGGACAGGAAGGUGCUAUUUUACCUAGGACAUAACUCAGAGGAAAUAAAAGCGUCAGACGAUCCUUUGUUCAGAUCUGUGGAAAAUAAGUCUGAAGAAAAAACAUUGAUAUAUCAAGAUGGAGCAGAUAUGGAACAAACUGGAGUCCUAGAAAGCAAUAUUUUGUCAAAUAAGUCCACUCUACAACAGUCAGACAACAAAACACUGAUAUUUCAGGAUGGUGCAGACAUUGAACAAACUGGAGACCUGUAUAGUGAAAUAGCCAUCAGAUCCCAUGGACAACCUGUCAACAAAACGCUGAUGGAUGGGGCAGACAUGGAACAAACAGAAGUUCUAGAUAGUAAAAUAUCCAGGAGAUCCGUGACACAGCGACCUGUCAACCGAACAGUGAUGGAUGGAGCAGACAUGGAACAAACAGAAGUUCUAGAUAGUAAAAUAUCCAGGAGAUCUGUGACACAACGACCUGUCAACCAAACAGUGAUGGAUGGAGCAGACAUGGAACAAACAGAAGUUCUAGAUAGUAAAAUAUCCAGGAGAUCCAUAGCACAACGACCUGUCAACCAAACAGUGAUGGAUGGAGCAGACAUGGAACAAACAGAAGUUCUAGAUAGUAAAAUAUCCAAGAGAUCUGUGACACAACGACCUGUCAACCAAACAGUGAUGGAUGGAGCAGACAUGGAACAAACAGAAGUUCUAGAUAGUAAAAUAUCCAGGAGAUCCAUAGCACAACGACCUGUCAACCAAACAGUGAUGGAUGGCGCAGACAUGGAACAAACAGAAGUUCUAGAUAGUAAAAUAUCCAAGAGAUCUGUGACACAGCGACCUGUCAACCAAACAGUGAUGGAUGGAGCUGACAUGGAACAAACAGAAGUUCUAGAUAGUAAAAUAUCCAGGAGAUCUGUGACACAGCGAUCUGUCAACCAAACAGUGAUGGAUGGAGCAGACAUGGAACAAACUGGUGUCAUACCGAACAACAUUUUAUCAAAUAGGUCAAGACUGCAACAGUCUGAUAGCAAAACGCAGAUAUUCCAAGAUGGAGCAGACAUUGAGCAAACAGAAGUUCUAGAUAGUAAAAUAUCCAGGAGAUCUGUGACACAUCGAUCUGUCAACCAAACAGUGAUGGAUGGAGCAGACAUGGAACAAACAGAAGUUUUAGAUAGUAAAAUAUCCAGGAGAUCCGUGGCACAACGACCUGUCAACCAAACAGAAAUGGAUGGAGCAGACAUGGAACAAACAGAAGUUCUAGAUAGUAAAAUAUCCAGGAGAUCUGUUACACAGCGAUCUGUCAACCGAACAGUGAUAGAUGGAGCAGACAUGGAACAAACAGAAGUUCUAGAUAGUAAAAUAUCCAGGAGAUCCGUGGCACAACGACCUGUCAACCAAACAGUAAUGGAUGGAGCAGACAUGGAACAAACAGAAGUUCUAGAUAGUAAAAUAUCCAGGAGAUCUGUGACACAACGACCUGUCAACCAAACAGUAAUGGAUGGAGCAGACAUGGAACAAACAGAAGUUCUAGAUAGUAAAAUAUCCAGGAGAUCUGUGACACAACGACCUGUCAACCAAACAGUAAUGGAUGGAGCAGACAUGGAACAAACAGAAGUUCUAGAUAGUAAAAUAUCCAGGAGAUCUGUGACACAACGACCUGUCAACCAAACAGUAAUGGAUGGAGCAGACAUGGAACAAACAGAAGUUCUAGAUAGUAAAAUAUCCAGGAGAUCUGUGACACAACGACCUGUCAACCAAACAGUAAUGGAUGGAGCAGACAUGGAACAAACUGAAGUCAUGGAUAGUAAAAUAGGCAACAGAUCCCUAGCACAACAUCCAGUUAACAAAACACAGAUAGAUGGAGAAGACAUGGAGCUGACUAGAGUUUUGGAAAGUAAAAUAGCGAACAGGUCCAUAAAUAAAGUAGACACUUGUAAUAUCCAGUUGUCUGAAGAAAUUUGUGAGAAUAAGACUGUUGUCUUCCAAGAAGGUGUAGACUUAGAUGAAACCCAUGUCACGACAUCUAACAUAAACGUACAUGGACAGGGCAUUGAUCAAACCUCACAGCCAGUGAGUAAUGUGACGCAGGACCUAGACAUCACCAAAGUUAAUAGAACUAAUAUAUCAUCACUAACUGCAUCUGCCAGGCUGAAGAGGCUGUCAGCACGUUUCUCAUUAGGCGGAGACAUUGUGACUGGUCGUUUGACCAAGAGUACCAAUGGAGAGUCUGAGGUGGACAACGACCAGACCCAAUCCAUUCCGAGAAACACUGUACGAUUGGCAGGACCAACUCCAAAGAAAGGUGACAAAGGACCAUGUGAUGUGCCGAGGGAAGGCCGUAAAAUAGACAUUUCCCCACAGGUUACUGGUGACUGUGGGUCAAGCCUUCCCCAGACCACAGCACAGAUCAUAGAGGACGCACCGAAGACCGUGGACAUGGAGACUGAGGAAUCAAAUAAUCUCCAAGUUAUUGACCAGGUUCUGUUACCAAACACCACAUCAAAACAAACUGGUGAGCUGGAAACAGGCAUCACGGAUGUUCUACUGCCGCUGGAUCUAGGCAUCACCGACACGCUGAUGCCGCUAGAUCUAGGUAUCACCGACAUGCUGCCUCCAGACGACAUUGUAACGGGUAGACUCUAUACAUCUACCAUGGCAGACCUCCCUGUGCUGAAUAAGUCCAAGGAUGGGUUCGUGGAGCAGAAAGACAGCAGUGGAAGUGACUCCUCCCAAUCACAGUCGGUGACUAGUUACAGCGUUGUCAGUAACUACAGUAAUUACAGCAUGACUGAGUCUAUGCUGGAGAGCACGCGACGAGAAGUAGACGGCCCACUAACGGUAAAGAAGUUGUGCUUACUGCUGGACAUUCCUUGCCUACGGUGGUUGGAGUUCCAGGUCAGGAACGACCGUUGUAGCAUUCUCCCGGGAGAGCAAGUGGAUGCUUCUGAGCUGAGGAAUGUGUUACGAGCCUGUGCAGUACAGUGUCCAUUCUACUUGGUCCACUCCCACAUCUAUACCCAAGCUGUCAGACAGGCUGACCUGAAGAAAGAGAAGACAGAUGAGCUUGACAUUAUUUUCACACAAGAAGAGGGCAAGCCUGAGUUGUUUAGGGCAGUAGAACUGGGCUCAGACCAACAAAGAAAAAGUCUACGGGAGAAAGUAUUGGCUUGUUCCAAAGUGAGCUCCCUACUUGGCAAAACGCAGUGGAAGAAUGUGCGGACAGAGGCCACCAUUCAGUACAGGGAAACCCUAAAAGAUCAAUACAGUCGUCUACAGAGCCAGGCUUCUGACGUCAGGACUGCACUGCAGCAGUCGCAGGGGCUUCUUACAGCCUUAGACACAGCUUGGUCAGACCUGGACACAGAAGAGACAGAGCUGGAGAAGACUAGGCUCCCCUCUGAAGAGGAAAUUCAGCAGUGGAAGCUGGCACAACAGGAGUUGUCUAUUAAAGUGGCAGAUCUUCAGGAACUAGAAGUGGAGCAGACGAAACUAACAAGUGACCGAGACAGUAUCCACUCUGAACUAGCUAUGCUCAGGGAUAGAGAUCAGCAGUGUAAUGGUGGACAAGGCCAAGAUGUGAAGCAGAUGUUGGAGAACUUGAAGGAAGAGUAUGAAGAAGUCGCCACGGAUCUGGGUUGGAUGGAAAGGUGCCUGGAGUGGAGGACGUACUGUUAUGAGAAGGAGGCUGUGUCUUACCUAUUAUAUGAUGACUCCCUCCUGUUGGAAACUACCCUGGACACCAGUCACCACCGCCGCCUUCUAUCAGCUACUCUCACAUCCUCCCUCGAGGACACGCCCUCCAAACCAGUCAGUCACUUCUCCGAUAAAUCUGAAGACAUCAUGGGCCUGAUGCAUCGACUGAUAAUUAAAAGUGUUAAGGAGCAGAACAUUCUGACCAAGUUCAUAGGAACACCACUCGAGGAACAGUAUAAGUUCCUGAGGGCAGUGUCAAUGAUUGCGUGUACAGGUCGAUGUUUGGCACAAGAGAUCACCAGAAUAGAAUUCAACAACUGGGUGACAAUACAGGAACAGGGUCUGUCUGUGGAAUUCUGGUGUGAUGAAGCAAGCCGGAAAAUUGACAUCGAUUUUGAUUUGAAGCUGAAGUACCGGGACUACAGUGUGGUGCCAUCUGUACGGGUGGAUAUUGGCAAUUUCAGACCUGAAGAUGUGGUGAAGCAGCUGAGUGCCGUUCCAGAUGUGGGAUUUAGAUACUUCGAGAGGCUGUGUCAAGCCAUUAACCUUAACGACAUGACAGUUAUCCCAGAGUUAGAUCGCUGUUCAUGACACAUGGACAUCGUCACCUGUGCUUAGAAGGAUGUUCAAAACUGGACAGUCAAUAGCUAUACAGUCAUCUGUUUUUGUGGAUACUGAAUUUCAGGCAGCACUUUUUCAUUGUCUUCAUAACUUUUCUUGUAUAUUUUAUUCUCAUUAUAGAAUCCCCAUACAAAUAUAUAAUUCAUCCUUCCAAAUUUUUACCAUAGUUUUAAAAUCAACAAAAUGCAGAUACAAUCACUUAAAUGUCCAGGCAAAAAAGCUCUGAUGGUAAUCAUUAUUCAAAGUCCAUCAAGUGAUAAAAAUCUUAAUACUGUACUAUGUGAAACUCCUGUGUUGUAUUGGUAUUCAUGAAUCAUGUCAUCAAACAAGUAUCCUGUAAAAGUCAUUAUCACAAAAUGUGAUCCAAGCAAAAAUGAAGACAUUUACAGUGUACAUGUAUAUAUUCAAUAUGUUGGUAUAUUAAUAUUCAAAACCACAAAAGAAAGUGUUAAACAGUUGUUUCACAUUAUACAGUACUUCGAAAAUCGAAAGGAAAAAAAACAUGUUUGUUUGCCGAAUUUAAAUUUACUAUUGAAAUCACUUGUAUACAGUAUACAAACAUUUAAUACAUUUGAUCCUCUAUAGUAUAACUCGAAACUGGGUCUGUGAACUCCAGAUUUUUAACUACUUAAUAACAAUGUAUAACAGCGUAAGAAUUUGAAUGCUGCAAAAGAAAGAUGUUCCCUAUCUGUAAAAUGGCUGAAUAUUAAAAGCAUGAAGCUUAAAACAUUUAAUUGAAUAUUUUUGUAAAGAUUAUAUCCGAUUAUCUUUGCAAAUAUUUUGGUAUAUUUUAAUUUAAAAUCAUGUACACAACUAAUCAUCUGUAAAUUAAAUCCACAAAUAUGUA